AUAAGUAAGACUGAGGAGCGCCAUAUCCUGCAUUUCCAUAUACAGAAGGAUAAUACCAAAAGCCAUGACGUGUUUGUCAUGUGAAUGCUUCGUACACACUGAAGCAUGCAAGCACGUGCACAGUUUCAGCACCCGCCUCAAGAAAGGUCUGUGCACCGCUCCGAAAGCAUGUGCGUAUGAUCAGAUGGAUUUCUGCAUGCGAUUAUGACAACCCAAUAAUCCUUCAGGCAAACACGCAAACUAUAUAAAUGAAGGAGAAAUGACAAUAUAGGCCUACAAUGGAGGAAGCUGUCCCCGAUGUGUUCCCUAUGGUGUCUGAUGAUAAUAUACUAAUAGAGUUUUGUCAGGCAAUCCUGUCAAACUUGGCCCUAUCUUGCGUACUUAUUUCCGUUACAGCCAUCGCCAUCGCCUGGUUUAUUAGAGAUUCUUUCAUUGUUGAAGACUUGGACAAGAAACAUAUAUUUAUCACAGGAUGUGAUAGCGGCUUUGGCAAUCUGGUGGCAAGGCAACUUGACAGAAAGGGAGUUCAUGUAAUUGCUGCUUGUUUCACGGAGAAAGGUGGCUUGGAUUUGAAGGCUGCUGCUUCUCCCAGACUAAAGACGGUUCUAUUAAAUGUAACUGACAGUUUGAGCAUCGAGAGAGCGGUGGAGUUUACGCGCACGGAGGUUGGGGAACGAGGUCUGUGGGGGCUCAUCAACAAUGCUGGGAGAGCCUCACCUAUGGGACCAACAGAAUGGAUGCAGUUGGAAGAUUUCGUGAAGAUCCUGGACGUCAAUCUAAUAGGUCUGAUAGAAGUGACUCUAAAGUUCCUCCCACUCCUAAAAAAGGCUCAAGGAAGGGUGGUCAAUGUUGCCAGUAUCCUGGGUAGGAUUGCCCUCAAUGGAGGAGGUUACUGCAUAUCCAAGUAUGGUGUGGAGGCCUUCUCUGACAGCCUCAGACGGGAUAUGCAUCAUUUUGGUGUAAAAGUAAGCAUCAUUGAGCCUGGUUUCUUCAAGACGAAUGUGACCAGGCUGGACAUCAUAGAAGCGGACCUGGAGAGACUGUGGAACCGUCUCCCAGAGGAAGUCAGGCACUCAUAUGGACCCACCUUCUUUGAUGAAUAUCUUAAAGUUCAGGAUUUCACAAUGGGUCUGCUGUGCAGUGCAGACAUCUCCAAGGUGAGCAACUGUAUGCAGCAUGCGCUUACAGCCCUACACCCACGGACGCGCUACUCACCUGGUUGGGAUGCCAAGCUCAUGUGGAUCCCAAUGUCUUACCUCCCUGCAUUCAUAGUUGACUUCUUCAUGGCUGUUCUACUUCCUGUCCCCAAAGACUACAAAAAGAUUUAUGCAAACCAAAUUGGUGUGGAAAGCCCAUAAGCUACCAAACCUUUUAUUUAGAAAUAACAUCUACAUGUGAUACUUUAGAUAAAAUUACAUGUAUCAGUUUUGUUUCUGGGAAUAUUGAAUAAUAGUGAAGCCAUCAAAAUUAUGAAAUAACAUAUAGAAUCAUGUAGUAACCAAUAAAGUGUUAAACAAACCAAAAUACAUUUUAUAUUCUUCAAAGAAGCCACGCUUUGCCUUGAUGACAGGUUUGCACACUCUUGGCAUUCUCUCCACCAGCUUUAGGAGGUAGUCACCUGGAAUGCUUUUGCUUCACUUUGUGGUCCAACUUAUCCCAAACCAUCUGGGUUGAAGUUGGGGAGAUUAUGGAGGCCAGUUCAUCUGAUGCAUCGCCAUGACACUCUCUUUCUUCAAAUAGCCCUUACACAGAUGGGUGGUGUGUUUUGGGUUAUUUUCCUGUUGAAAAACAUGAUAUUCCCACUAAGCACAAACCAGACAGGAUGGUAUAUCACUGCAGAAUGCUGUGAUACCUUUGCUGGUUGUGUGUUCCUUGAAUUCUAAAUAAAUCAGAGAGUGUCAUCAGCAAAGCAUCCCCACACCAUCACAGUUCGUCCAUGCUUCAUGGUGGGAAUCACACAUGCGGAGAUCAUUUGUUUUACAACUGUUGGUUAGAAGCAAAAAUCUAUAAUUUGUACUGAUCAAAAGACUGAUUUCCACUGGUCCAAUGUCCAUUUCUUAUGUUUCCUGGCCCAACCAAAUCUCUUAUUAUUGGUUUCAUUCAGUAGUUUUCUUUGCAGCAAUUGUCACCAUAAAGGCCUGAUUCACACUGUCUCCCCUGAACAGUAGAUGUUGAGAUGUGUCUGUUACUUGAACUCUGUGAAGCAUUUAUUUGGGCCCAAAUCUGAAGUGCAGAUAAUUGACAAUUUCUGAGUCUGGUUACUCUAAUUAAUGUAUCCUUAACAACGCACACAUGUUAAUUGAAAUGUAUUCCAAGUGACUACCUUAUGAAGCUGGUUGAGAAAAUGUAAAGUGUGCAAAGCUGUCAUCAAGGCAAAGGGUGGCUACUUUUUGUAGAUUCUACAAAAUGAAAUCUGUUUAAUAAUGUUUUGGUUUGCUACAUGAUUUCAUGUGUUAUUUCAUAGUUUUGAUGUCUUCAAUAUUAUUCGACAAUGUGGAAAUUGGUAAAAAUAAAGAAAUACACGUUGAAUGAGUAGGUGUGUCCAAACUUUUAACUGACCCUAUAUAUUUUCCUAAUAAAGCAGGUAGUGGUACAUAUUCAUUACACAUACGGUGAAUAGUGUACUGAAUAUAUUUUAUGAGGAUUGAUAUACAGUGGGGAGAACAAGUAUUUAAUACACUGCCGAUUUUGCAGGUUUUCCUACUUACAAAGCAUGCAGUAAUUUUUAUC